AGGCUUGGGGAGUGCGAGAGGCUGAGCCUGGGGUGCCCGGGCCGCCAGCAGGCGGGAAAGUGGGGCCGAGCGAAGGGAGGCGUCCGAGGGCGUGGUCAGCGGAACGCCGGGGCUACUAACGGAAUCCAAAGGAAGUGCUCUGGCCCCACCACUAACCCCCAGGCCAGUUUGGACUCCGCGACUGGUGUUUUUGGUCUUUUUUGACACUGAGAACCGCCAUCAGUUUAUCGGAUGUAAGUCAGAAUACAGCAGAAAAUGUCCACUGAACGAACUUCUUGGACAAGUUUGUCCACUAUUCAGAAAAUAGCGCUGGGCCUCGGGAUCCCAGCCAGUGCAACAGUUGCCUAUAUCCUAUACCGCAGGUACAGGGAGAGCAGAGAAGAACGGUUGACAUUUGUUGGGGAGGACGACAUCGAAAUAGAGAUGCGAGUUCCCCAGGAGGCCGUAAAGCUCAUCAUUGGCCGGCAAGGAGCCAAUAUUAAACAGCUGCGGAAACAGACAGGUGCUCGGAUUGAUGUGGACACAGAGGAUGUAGGCGAUGAACGGGUGCUGCUUAUCAGUGGGUUUCCUGUGCAGGUGUGCAAGGCCAAAGCAGCCAUCCAUCAGAUCCUGACAGAGAAUACCCCUGUGUCUGAGCAGCUUUCUGUUCCGCAGAGAUCUGUGGGCAGGAUCAUAGGGAGGGGUGGCGAGACAAUUCGUUCUAUCUGUAAAGCCUCUGGAGCCAAAAUUACCUGUGACAAAGAAUCAGAGGGGACGCUACUACUAUCAAGGCUUAUAAAAAUCUCAGGAACACAGAAGGAAGUGGCAGCAGCCAAGCAUUUGAUACUAGAGAAAGUUUCAGAAGAUGAAGAACUUCGGAAGAGAAUUGCUCAUUCUGCAGAAACCAGAGUCCCACGCAAGCAGCCAAUCAGUGUAAGAAGAGAGGAAGCGAUAGAGUCUGGUGGAGCUGGAGAGCCAGCUUUGUGGAAGAGCACUGAUACUGGUGCCGGGCCGGAGCCGGCUACACCACUGAGAGUUCCUCCCCGAAAAGGAAGCGGUGACAUGGCUGUCGAAGGGCCAGAAGGUGCUUGGGAGAAACCUAAUGGGGACAGCUUUCAGAAAUCUGGAGCCCAGACCAGUCCAGAGAUGUCCAUGUUUGAAAUCCCUAGUCCUGACUUCAGUUUCCAUGCCGAUGAGUUCCUGGAAGUCUACGUGUCUGCCUCUGAACACCCUAACCACUUCUGGAUCCAGAUCAUUGGCUCCCGCAGUCUGCAGCUGGAUAAGCUUGUCAGUGAGAUGACCCAGCACUAUGAGAACAGUCUACCUGAAGACUUGACUGUGCAUGUGGGAGACAUUGUAGCAGCACCUCUACCUACAAAUGGCUCCUGGUACCGAGCUCGGGUCCUUGGCACUUUGGAGAAUGGGAACCUGGACCUGUACUUCGUUGACUUUGGAGAUAAUGGCGAUUGCCCACUGAAGGACCUCCGGGCACUCAGGAGUGACUUCCUAAGUCUUCCAUUUCAAGCAAUAGAAUGUAGUCUGGCACGGAUCGCCCCCUCAGGUGAACAGUGGGAAGAGGAAGCUUUGGAUGAGUUUGACAGACUCACUCACUGUGCUGACUGGAAGCCCCUGGUGGCUAAGAUCUCCAGCUAUGUCCAGACUGGGAUCUCAACUUGGCCCAAGAUUUACUUAUAUGAUACUAGCAAUGGGAAGAAACUUGAUAUUGGGUUAGAAUUAGUUCGUAAAGGAUAUGCAGUUGAACUUCCUGAAGACAUGGAAGAAAACAGAGCCAUCCCAGACAUGUUGCACGAUGUGGCCACAGAAACAGAGGUCUCUCUCGGCAGCAUGCUCGCUGAGACCAGGAAGAGCCCUGGAGAAAUAGCAAAUACCCUGUCCUGCCUCAGCUUGUCAGAAGCUGCCUCUGUGUCUGGUGAUGAUAAUCUUGAAGAGGACUACUUACUGUGAAGUCAGCUGACGCCGUCUGCUGUGCCGUGAUUUGGUGCCUGGAGAGAGGAGCCUAUGAUAAAGGGAUCUAUGCAGUCCUUCCUCCAUUACCUACAUGAUCUGGCUUGCUGUGGACCAAAUGCAUGCUCUCCUUCUGUUGGACUACCACAAAGUGUGGGGUGGAGAAGAGGACAAGUACAUGUCCCUUCUCCACCUGCCCGACCCCAUCUUCUUCGAGUUUGCUUCCAGGCUGCUCAGCCUCUGGUCCGCUGCUCUCUGCCAGGCGAUUAUUGUAUGCUUCUGCAAGGCUGUGUCCUUUUUGAGGCUGGAAAGCAGCCAGGUUUUGGUCAGUGGAAGUGAUGAUUCUGCAGACUUCUGACUCACCUCCUCAGGUGACUCUGUUAAUUAAAGGAGGUUUUUGAGUGGUUAGCUCAAAGACCGCAGUUGAGUUGGGAGGCACAGGCACAAAUCAGCAUGAUUAUAUUAAAAAAGCCUCAGGAAAUGGGAAGAGAACACUGCCUCCCAGCCUCAACUGCUGAAAUGUUAUUGGAGGUAGGUUUUUUGAAACAGUGCUCCAGCUAUUUCCCUGUUAACUUUGGUUAAAAUACAAGUUAGACAAAGAGAGGGCAUUUCAGGAAAUACUCUAAAGUGCUAGUGUAGUAUCUAUAUGUAUACACACACACACCUCCAUGAAGUCAAAGAGAACUUCCAUAGUCGUUUAAAUCAUUUGGGGGAUUCUUUGAUGAAUAAAGUUCUCAAGAAAGAUCUAAAACUAAAUGUUGGUUGAAUCAAGGUAGAAGCAGGACUAUGGGUCCUGGAAUUUGUCGCACACCUUACGUGGAGGGCCCAUCUUUGAAGCGAGUGUCCAUCCCAUGCACAGAUCCUAUCCUUUCCCUAAAGGUAUUUCAGAAUUAAAACGUUCACUAAGAACCAAACCAGUUUAGGUUUGGGCUUUGUGAAUAAGGACCCCACCCAAACUAGGUAUUUGGAAGAGGCCUGGGUUCUGGUAGGUCUCCACUAUGACCUUACUGUAAGCUUUCCUGGAGGCCAUGUCUUCACGCACCCCUGCAUCGUGGCCAGUAGCACUCAGCCAGUGAGAGCUGUGAAAGGGACUUGGCAGCAAGUGUAAGUGUGUAGUAAUGCGAGUGGUGGGGUAAUGGCAGAUGAACAGGGAGGGCUUUUUAAGGAUCUGUAAGAUGAACUACAAAACUUAAAACUAGCACAUGAGGAUGCUUUAUGCAGGGUUUUGUUUUUUUAAUCUAGUAAUUAGGCCUACCCAUAUACCGCAUGGGUUUUCCCAUAGCCAAAAUUUUCAAAAUUUAUUUUCUCAGAAAACUCUCAGUACCAUGUGUUAGAGAAAGGCUCCAGUGAAGGAGCAUCUCUGAUGAGUUUGUGGGAUCUUGGAAGAAUCCUUGGAGGGCUGCCAUUGAUUUGACAAGGUUUCGGACCUUGGCUGCAGUGAACUACCGCGGUCUCCCCCCCUCCCCCCCGAAGCAGGCUCAGCCCUGGGGUUGGCAACUGCUCCACAACAGGGUCACGAGGCCCACUAGUCAGUCACCAGGCUCCUCGGCCCCUUGGCCUUCACUCUUAAAGGAGGCCCUGAUGUAAUUCAUUGGUAGGACUUCUUGCUGAGGAGAACAAGCAGUGCCUCAUUCUUAGCCAUGGCUUCUUCCCGUGAGUACAAGUCUGUUCCAUUUAUGUGGCCUUUAUGUCUCAUCAGUUCAUGUCCCAGUUGGAUGGGCUCCAACACACCCUGUCCUUGUCUGGAACACCCUCUUCUAUUCCAUAUUUCUUAUUUUGUCUUUUGAAAUCCUCCCCUUGAGCCAAAGCUGUGGGGUCCAGCUACCUUCUUGGAUUUUCUCCACAUCCAAAGAGAAGGAAUUCAUACUUGUCUCUAAUCCAAUCUGAAAUAUGUGAAGGAAAAAUCCCAACAAGGCUUGUCUUUCUGAAUUCCCUAGCCCCUGGCUUUUGCUCUUGGCAAGUACACAGUUACUGGUUAGAAUAAGUAAAUGGAUUUUGGAGUAGAGGGGAAAGCAAAGGAACCUAAAAUCCUUGGCUCUCUUCCCUCUCUGACUUUUCCAUCAUUAAACGUUUAUUCUAUAGUGAA